GUCAAAUAUUAUACAAAGCACACAACACAUAUACCACCUUCAUUUCUCUUCUUCCUCUGUCUUUUCAUACUUAUGGAGGAUCAAUUCCCCAAAACAGAUACCUUCAUGAACAAGGAAUUGCAGUCUUACUUCCAUGGCAUGGGAUCUGGAUCCAAAUUUUUCUGUGACUCAAUCUUUUGGGGUACUAAUUAUGGUAGUAGCAGUGGCAUGAAAUCAACAUUGUCAUCACCAGAGUCUGCUUCUUCUUCUUCUUCUUCUUCUUCUCUAGAGAAGGUCUCUGGGUGUGUCAAUUUGGUCACUAAUCCUCUCAACGUGGCCGGAAAUGUUGAGGAGAGCUUAGUUCCUGUGAAUUUCCUGGAAUCAUUUCCAAAACUAGCACAAACCCAAGUUUCUGAACCACCUUCUCCAUCUUCAUUAACCACCAAUGCAUCAAAAUAUCCGAAUCUUACCCUCUUUUUGCAGGAACCAACGAUGUUGAGUUCGUCGACAAGAAUCAAGAAUCAAAAGAUUGAACCCCUGUCGUCGUUGUCGUCGUCUCCAAACACUUCAUUCUCCAGUAUUGCACAGCUUGGUCAAGUUCAUCAGAGUUUAACAAACUAUCCUUCAAGAAGUACUCACAAUGAGUACUGGCUCGGCCCGGUGAAGACUCAGCCGAUGAAACGAAGAAUGCAGAAUCAGAGUUCUUCAACAACAACAGCGUCAUCGUCACCGGGGAAGCUAUUUAGGGGUGUGAGGCAAAGGCAUUGGGGGAAAUGGGUUGCAGAGAUAAGGUUACCGAGAAAUCGGACACGGGUUUGGUUAGGGACUUUUGACACAGCCGAGGAGGCUGCCAUCGCAUAUGACACAGCAGCAUAUAUGUUAAGAGGAGAGUAUGCAUAUUUGAAUUUUCCAGAUCUAAAGCAUCAACUUAAGGCUCCCAAUUCAUUGAAUGGAACAACAGCUGCACUUCUUGAAUCAAAGUUGCAGGCAAUCUCACAAGGUCUUUCAGGCCGUAAAAAGGCUAACAAUGGAGACUCUUCGCCAAAAACAAAUGUCAAAUGUUUGAGCAGCCAUAACAACAGUACAUGUACAGCAAGAAUUGAAUCUGAAAUUGUUAAUGUUGAAGGCAAGAGAAGUAGUCAUCAAGAGAUGAUUAUAUCAGAUGUUGAUGCUGUUCAGCUAAGCAGAAUGCCUUCUUUAGACAUGGACAUGAUCUGGGAUGCUCUUUCACUUCCUAAUUCUUGACCUUUGAUUUUCUUUCCUUUUUUUUUUUUUUUCAAUUCAGUUGGAGAUAUAUAGCCUGGAUUUAUGUGUAUCUUCAUGUGCGUUUUAAGUAUUUUUAUAUAAUUAGCAUUGUAACCAAAGUUUGUUUCUCUAUAGCCCCUGAUAAUGAUGUCUAUUCAGGAGUGUCAUGACUUGAUA